GAAGCCACGCCCAUCGGAUGUACGUAGAGUUUCCCCGGGAAAGGUCGAUUAGUCGAGGAGACAACUUCACUACAACAUAGAAACCAUGGAGAAAAUAAGUGAGAAGCUUCUGCUGCAGAAAGGCUCGCCAAAGACCGACAGACUGGAGCAAAUCACCUCCCUGAAUCUGUCUAAGCUUGGACUGAAGCUUCAGGACUUGCCAGUCAGGUUGCUGUCCUGUCUGCAGUCCCUCGAGCGUUGGGAUCUGUCUGGAAACGCACUGCAAGAGUUACCCAAGAAUCUGAAGCUGCCUACACUUCGAUACCUGGAUCUGAGUGACAACCAGAUGGAGGAUGUGACAACUCUAGAGUCUCUAAGCAGCUUGGAGGAGCUGAAGAUGGAGGACAACCUUUAUAUCACUGUGAGUGAUAAUUACAAAUUGAUGGUGCUGUUGCCCAACCUGAGGAUCUACAAUGGUAAAGAUGUCAGUACUACUGCCAACCACUUGCGCUAUGUCUACACUGAAAACCUGAGAACCAGGAUCCAUGCACUGUGGGAGAGGAGCUUCCAUCUCCCCGAUCCUAUCACAGCAAAGAAGCUGUCUGAGCUGGAGACAGACUUUGUCAACACUGCCCGUCACCAGGUGAAAUAUGGACCCAGCUCAGUCUCUGACUUCAUCAAAUGGAAGGUGGAGAUUAUGGCAAAAGAGUACCUGCACUCUCUGGUAGAACCAAAGACGUUACGGGAGAGCAACAAGACAACUGAUACACAAGACAACUGUGAUAUCUCAACUCCUACUAAGAGGAAAAAAACACCAGAAACCAGCGCAAGUCUGGCGCCUGGUAAAAAGCUGUGCUCAGAUCUCCCUGACUCUUCGGCUGAAGACAGUCCUUGCAAAUCCCACCUCCUCCUCAAAGCUAAGACAUUUACUGAGAACAACGGUGUCAGGAUGAGCCCCCGCAAGAGAGGCACGCCUCCCUCCACCCCCAGCAGAGGACGGCCGAGGGGGGAGACACCCAGGAGAGCUGCUAAGAGAGAGAAUGGUGCACAGAUUAAAGAGGAGAUGGAUGUGGAUGCUAAACAGAGGGCUAUUGACAUGCUUCCUGCACUAAAGGCACAGCAGCCGCUGAGACUGAAGCCUCUUCACGUUCUCCAGUGCCACAGUAAACAGGACAGCGGCGAGGAUUUCUCCACUCAGCUGUGGGCCUGUGCUUUCCAGCCGCUGCCACCUUCCUCUGGCGGUGCUGGAGGAAGCCGUAUGGUUGCCACCUGUGGAGGUGACUCUCUCUGUGUGAUUGACUGUGAAACGGGGAUGGUGAUGAAGAAAUAUAAAGUUCCUGGAGAGGAAUUCUUCUCCUUGGCCUGGUCCACGGUGUUGAUGUCCAGGGGAGGCGGGGCCUCGGCUCAACACUGCAGCAUCCUGGCAGCUGGUGGAAAGAGAGGACUGGUCAAACUGAUCCAUCCCCGAAACAACGUGGCGUACGGGGAGUUCAGAGCCAGUCGCAAGUCCCUGUCUGUCCUCCGCUUCAACCAUCACAAGGGAAACUACCUUUUUACGGGAUCAUAUGAUAACAGGAUAUUGAUGUGGGACAUUGGUGGAGUGGACAGCCAGUACAACUUCAAAGUUGUUCAGUUACUGCUGUUGGAAACCAGUGCCACACCUCUGCACAUCUGCCUCCCUCCCACCUCCCCCAGCACUCACCUGCUCACAGGCUGUGAGGACGGACUGCACUGCUUCAACACACAACUUGGUGCCAACAGCACCACCAAGAGCAGGUCCAAUGAGAUGGAGAUAACCUUCCCCAUAUACGAGAGGGAAGACAAAGACCAUGACUACCACACUGUGGAUGGCCUGAGUUUCCUUUCUGAUGACAUAGUGGCCUCCAAGAACUACUUGCAUGGUUCAAUUUACCUGUGGAGCUGGAGCAGGACUAAGGCUCAGCGGCCUGAUAAGAAGAGCAGGACAGUGGUUGCUGUGGUUCUUGCUGAGCUGCAGUGGGCCAACACUGAGAUUCCAUACCUGGCUCUUAACACAUGUCCUGGUCAGGUCUAUGUCGUGUGUGGUGAUGACAAAGGCAGACUGUGGACAUACCACAUCUCCCACCUCCACACUGGGAAAGCCAUACCACCCACUGAGGUGCUCGAGUGGCCGACGCCUUUAAGGACGGAUCACAGCCAAAUGGACGGCCCCUCCAUCAACAGUGUAGCAAUGGACCCUGAGCUCCAGUACUUGGUGGCUCUUAGUGACAAGAAUAUGGUGAUGGUGUGGAAAAGAGACCAGUGCUCCUCCUCCUGACCAACGUUCCUCCUCCUGACCAGCGUUCCUCCUCCUCCCGAGCAGCGUUCCUCCUCCUGACCAGCGUUCCUCCUCCUGACCAGCGUUCCUCCUCCUCCUGACCAGCGUUCCUCCUCCUCCCGAGCAGUGUUCCUCCUCCUGACCAGUGCUCCUCCUCCUGACCAACGUUCCUCCUCCUGACCAGCGUUCCUCCUCCUCCCGAGCAGUGUUCCUCCUCCUGACCAGCGUUCCUCCUCCUCCGGAGCAGUGUUCCUCCUCCUCCUGACCAACGUUCCUCCUCCUGACCAGCGUUCCUCCUCCUCCCGAGCAGUGUUCCUCCUCCUCCUGACCAACGUUCCUCCUCCUGACCAGCGUUCCUCCUCCUGACCAGUGUUCCUCCUCCUGACCAGCGUUCCUCCUCCUGACCAGCGUUCCUCCUCCUGACCAGCGUUCCUCCUGCUGAGCAGCUGAACUGACAGACACAAAGUGACUGAUCUUCUCUGGGAGAGAUGAUGAUGAAUCUGUUACCGUGUGUUGAAGCUAUCAUUCACAAUUUUCUUUAUUUUCUAAAUGAAAAUAUCUCAUGAACUUCUGCACCAUAAAAUUGCAGAAUUUGAUUCUCAUGAACGAGUUUAGCUACGAUACGCCAUUGUCUUUAUGUAUCUUGAAAGAAGAGAUAGAAUUUAGUACUUUACUUUAUUGUUAUUGUACUUGUUGAGGAUAGAAAGUGUAGAAAGAGAUCAAAUCUAAAAGGUCCAAACAAAACAUGGUUCAUUUGAUCUAAUGUGUGAUUUAGAUCACAACAAUCUUUAUUUGUGCCAAAUAACAGUUUCAGUUAUGGCUGAGCUUAUAUUUAUAUUCAGUCGUGUCUUUUGUUGAUCUUUGCCACUCAACAUGAUUCCAUUUAUUAUUGUAGGCUUUCAGCAAUUCAUUGAUUACUAAAUGAAUCACAAAUGCUUUUAUAAUCAAUUGGUUUGAUUUGUUUUCAAUAAUUAAAACAUUGAAAAAGA